AUUGUCUCUUUAUCUUAAUGUAUAUAAUAAGGGACAUAAUGUAUACUUUUUGAUUGUACAUAUAAACUUACUUGUAUAUAUAUAUAGACAUACAUACGCUUGUCAGAUUCAGUUAGAUUCUUUUCAUCAUAGCACUCAACAACACACAACACACUCUUCCUCUCUCUUUCUCUCUCUCGUUUGUCCGAGUGUCCGACAGUCACCUAAAUGGCAUUUUCCAGGCAUAUACCUGACGGCAAGACCGCCGUGACUAAGAAGAAGUCUGAGGUCGUCCCAACUCCGCCGCCGAACUGCUGCGUCACGUGCCUUGCGAGACUCAUCAGGAAACUGAAGAGAAAAGGGAGGUUGUUGCUGGCUACGAGGGCUCGGAGACAAGGGAGCUCGUUGCAAUGCCGCUACGAUCCGAUGAGCUACUCACUUAACUUCGACGGAGGCGCGUGUGGUGAACUUCCCGAUGAUGAGGAUUAUUACUUUCGGUUCUAUGCAUUUUCUUCGAGAUACGUUACAAAUAGUAGUAAUACUAUCAAGAAAAGACCAUCACUUCCACGUGAAUCCUUCUCUACCGCUUCACAUGAAUUCGUGUAAUCUUAUGAUUUGUCAUUCGGCUCUUUCUUUCCUUUUAUGUUAUCUUGUUCUUUUAGUUUCUUAGAUUUUAAUCUAUCAUUAUUUUUUUUUAUUA